AUGGCCACCGAGGAUGAACGUCCGCAAGCGGCGUCGGCCGCCGCCAACGUGCUCGGCACUUCCCUGGCCUGUUGUUGCGACAACGUGCGGGCGAGUGGCAUCGGUACCGGCUUUUACCGCAAUGGCUACUGUUCCACCGGAGAAGCCGACGUGGGACGACACACCGUGUGUGUACGCGUGACCGACAAGUUUCUGGAAUAUUCCCGUGCGGUCGGAAACGACCUGAGUACGCCCGUGCCCCAAUACCACUUCCCAGGACUGCGGGACGGGGAUCUUUGGUGCCUUUGUGCCGAGCGCUGGGUACAGGCCUACCAAGCCUGGAACGCGCCCAAGCUUUUCUUGCAAGCGACCCACGAAAAGACUCUGAAUUACGUGGACUUUGCGGUUCUACGCGAAUACGCUCUGGACGGGGAUGAAGCGGAUCUAGCCUUGCGCCAGCUCAACGAACAACGUGAGAGGCUCAAAAAGAUGCUCUAA